AUGUGUCACGGUCAUCCUCGCUGGCAUCCUUGCUCCCACACCUCUAUCAAUUGGCACUAUUGCCCCUCGGCUCUCAUCGAUCUCGAGACCGGCGUGGAGACUCCCUGCACCCACCUGAGUUAUGCAACCGCCCAGCCCAGCAAUGCCGAUUGCCCCCUCCUCAACUGUCAGUAUAAGGCCAUGGGUGGAACCUGGACUUGUUGCCAGUGUGGUCAGGGACCCAACACACAGGGCUGGUGUACCAUGCCGAAGCCAGUGCAAGACUCGAACGGCAUGUCGACGGAGGAGACCAAGACAUGUGAUCACGGAUGUUGCGCUGAAUGUGCACGUUACCUCCCAACUCGUGCAACAACCCCUGACAUGACGUUCAGCGAGCUUCGCAAGGGGACCGCCAGUCGCAAGUUUGGGUACACCUCCGCUACCCGCUCUCACCGUCGAGGCUCGGCUUUGUCCAAGAUCAACGGGCUUCUUCCAGUGGAAGAGGACGCAGAAGCAUUUUCAACGUCGACUUCCGGCUCCUCGUCACAGAGCAGCGUCUCUUACAAGUCGUCUGCCGGCAGCAGCACUUCGUAUGGCUCAUCUACAUCGUCAUCAUCGUCAGGCCGAGGCUCAAACUACAGAGUCGACUUGGAGUAUAACGCAAAGAGGCAUAAGUCCUCAUCUGGGAAAAGUAGCAAAAAAAGCCACUCACUGAAGGCGCGAUAA